UCACCAUAUGCAGUAGAGCCUGCUUUUUUUGUGUUGCUGUUGUUGUUUUGGAGAUGGGAUCUCACUCUGUCAUCCAGGGUGAAGUGCAGUGGCACAAUCACAACUCACUGCAGCCUCGACCUCCCAGGCUCAAGUGAUACUUCCCACCUCAGACUCCCAAAUAGCUGGGACUGCAGGCACAUGCCACCACACCUGGCGAAGUUUUUGUAUGGAUGGGGCCAGGCUGGUCUCAAACUCCUGGGCUCUAGCAAUCCUCCUGCUUCAGCAUCCCAAAGUGCUGGGAUUACAGAUGUGAGCCACCGCUCCCAGUGUCUAAAAACAAGCUUUGUGAGAAUGGAGUCUUAAUUUUGCAGGGGUUUUGGCAUGUGGUUGUAUGCAAAUACAAAGAUUCCAAACUCGGAUGUGUUGCAUUAUUUGAAAAAAACCCCUUCAGAGACAUAUUUGCAUAUGGAGACGUGAUUUCUGCAACUGAAAACAGUCAGUCCUGCACUCUCAAAACAGCCUUCAAGGACCUUUGAGCAUCUGAUUUCUGAACUUCUUAGGUUGACUUUUUGGCUUAUGUGACUCCAAUACGACUUUCAACAAAGAUUUGUGUUCCAAAAAAUGGUUUUAAACAAUGCUUAACUAACAGCAUGUUUUUCUUAAUUUGUAUUUUCAGUUUAGAAUGCUUUUAACUUUAUCAACAUAAUUAGUCAUUGAGAACUUUUCUCUGUAUUUUUAUUUGAUAUGUACUGCGAGUAAACAAAGUCCUAUAUUCUGAAAGGGGACAAGUAAGGGAGAGUUGAAGAAAAUGAUAAAUAUUGAAGAAUGUAAUUAACAUGUUGAGAGUUUGCAUUCCUGUUGUAUCAGAUUGGAGCUAUUUUAUAGAAUUGGAUCUAAAUGAAGUAUACAUUUUAUGGAUGCUAAAAAUACUCUUUAGCAAUGUUUCUAUUCAGAAUGCAUCAUCAUUAGAGAAAAGCUAUUAAGGUUGCAUUGUGAAUCACCAGUUGGAAAAAGAGAAAACAUAUUUCAUUUCCAGUCUGGAAGCAAUCCAUGCAUGCAGGCAGUAUUCAUUUUAACAGUCUGGAUCAGUUUUUUACCAUGAACUUCUGCUAUUAGAAAAAAUGCCUUUGUCUAAUCUAGCUUUCCUUAGAUGUGGUGCAAACUCAGAACUAUAUGCCCCGGUCAAUGUUAGAGAACUUAAAACCCCAGCUCAUUUGGCAUCUAUUCAUUCAUAUUCCAGCUGAAUCUCAGAAAUGUGCUUAAGGGAAAGCAUCUGAUAUUAGCAGUUUCUCAGCCAAGUCACAGGACGGGACAGCCCAGAGUCAUGGCCUGCUGCACUUUUAAAAGGGAAAUUCAGGAAUCAAAAAAAAACAAACAGAGAAUGGAAUUUAUGGAAAGUAUGGAAUGAAAAGCUGACAUUCCCUGGGACUUGAAAUGUUAACUCUGGAUUUCCUUAAUAGCUAUAAACUGUGCCUUUCCUACUGUGGCAAUUGUUGUGAGCUAGAACAUGUUUAUACCUUUUUAUGUAUAAAUAUUUUAUCUGAGACUCCUGCUACUAUUGCCACCCGAUGCAUCUUCCAAAAGCAGAGAGACUUUCAAGCAGCUGGCUGGAUGUUCGUCAUAUUGAAAAGUAUGUAGACCAAGGUAAAAGUGGAACAAGAGAAUUACUUUGGUCCUGGGCACAGAAAAACAAGACCAUCGGUGACCUUUUACAGGUCCUCCAGGAGAUGGGACAUCGUCGAGCUAUUCAUUUAAUUACAAACUAUGGAGCAGUAUUGAGUCCUUCAGAGAAGAGUUAUCAGGAAGGUGGAUUUCCAAAUAUAUUAUUCAAGGAAACAGCCAAUGUCACCGUGGAUAAUGUUCUUAUUCCUGAACAUAAUGAAAAAGGAAUACUGCUUAAAUCUUCCAUCAGCUUUCAAAAUAUCAUAGAAGGAACUAGAAAUUUCCACAAAGACUUCCUAAUUGGAGAAGGAGAGAUUUUUGAGGUAUACAGAGUGGAGAUUCAAAACCUAACAUAUGCUGUCAAAUUAUUUAAACAGGAGAAAAAAAUGCAGUGUAAGAAGCAUUGGAAGAGGUUUUUAUCUGAGCUUGAAGUUUUACUACUGUUUCAUCACCCAAACAUACUAGAGUUGGCUGCAUAUUUUACAGAGACUGAGAAGUUCUGUCUGGUUUAUCCAUACAUGAGAAAUGGAACACUUUUUGACAGAUUGCAGUGUGUAGGUGACACGGCCCCACUCCCUUGGCACAUUCGAAUCAGUAUAUUAAUAGGAAUAUCCAAAGCCAUUCACUACCUGCACAACGUUCAACCAUGCUCGGUCAUCUGUGGCAGUAUAUCAAGUGCAAACAUCCUUUUGGAUGAUCAGUUUCAACCCAAACUAACUGAUUUUGCCAUGGCACACUUCCGGUCCCACCUAGAACAUCAGAGUUGUACCAUAAAUAUGACCAGCAGCAGCAGUAAACAUCUGUGGUACAUGCCAGAAGAGUACAUCAGACAGGGGAAACUUUCCAUUAAAACAGACGUCUACAGCUUUGGAAUUGUAAUAAUGGAAGUUCUAACAGGAUGUAGAGUAGUGUUAGAUGAUCCAAAACAUAUCCAGCUGCGGGAUCUCCUUAGAGAAUUGAUGGAGAAGAGAGGCCUGGAUUCAUGUCUCUCAUUUCUAGAUAAGAAAGUGCCUCCCUGCCCUCGGAAUUUCUCUGCCAAGCUCUUCUGUUUGGCAGGCUGGUGUGCUGCAACGCGGGCAAAGUUAAGACCAUCAAUGGAUGAAGUUUUAAAUACUCUUGAAAGUACUCAAGCCAGCUUGUAUUUUGCUGAAGAUCCUCCCACAUCACUAAAGUCCUUCAGGUGUCCUUCUCCUCUAUUCCUGGAGAAUGUACCAAGUAUUCCAGUGGAAGAUGAUGAAAGCCAGAAUAACAAUUUACUACCUUCUGAUGAAGGCCUGAGGAUAGACAGAAUGACUCAGAAAACUCCUUUUGAAUGCAGCCAGUCUGAGGUUAUGUUUCUGAGCUUGGACAAAAAGCCAGAGAGCAAGAGAAAUGAGGAAGCUUGCAACAUGCCCAGUUCUUCUUGUGAAGAAAGUUGGUUCCCAAAGUAUAUAGUUCCAUCCCAGGACUUAAGGCCCUAUAAGGUAAAUAUGGAUCCUUCUUCAGAAGCUCCAGGGCAUUCUUGCAGGAGCAGGCCAGUGGAGAGCAGCUGUUCCUCCAAAUUUUCCUGGGAUGAAUAUGAACAGUACAAAAAAGAAUAAAUUCCACCAGAAGAUAAAGAAAAAAGCAAGUAUUGCAUAGGCACCUGAGCAUAGGUAUGACCUUGGGAAGACAUUGGCUCCAUAAGCAAUGCCAAGAGAAUGAUCAAUAGUGAGUUUGGGUGAUGCAGAUAAACAAUCUGGAUAAUUCCAUUUCUUUUUUCCCAAACCCUCAAACAGAGUGCCUUAAAAAAUUGUUUUAUCAGGAUAAUUGUCUCAUGACCAAAUCCAUGCUCAAUUAGAGCCAUUCAAAAUUCCUUAAGAUCAUGGGUUCUGACUUCAGCCAAACAAAACAAUCAAAACCUACCAGAAAGGGACUGGAUUGUAAUGUCCUCUCCAUCAUCCUCAGUGUGAGUCCUCAGAGCCUCCAUCUGCCAAGAACAUUCAGUUGGAUUCCAUCGUUUGGUUUAGCUUGCUUGCAAGGGUUGUAGGAAAUGUCUAAUUUGUAAAUGUUAAUAGAUACCUUUGGAAAGAAUCACCUUGUUAUUCUGAUUGACCCCUCUUGUUUUUUGGUUAAUCCCUGACUAGCUUGCUUGUCUGAAAAUGAGCCAGGUUCACCCUUAGCUACGGCAUGCUCUGUGUUGAAAGGGGAUUUCUUCCCAAGAUCUAUCCUAAACUCUUAGGACAGUUUAUCCUGUAUUGACUAUUAUUACAGCUUUUUAAAAACAGACUUAGUGACCUAUUAUAUCUUAAGGAGACUAUGUGAAAUGUCCAUCAAGUAAUUUUUAUUCCUGAGAAAAUGGCUGGUCAAGGGCCUAGGUCAGCUUUUUGUUUAAUCUACACCUUUCAACUCUGGGCCUUCAUUCCUGCUGUUUCUUGGAUCUCCCUCUUUUGAAAUCCUACCAAUCAUCAGAGCUCUACAAAACAGCCACCUCCUGGAAGCUUCCCUAAUCUCUACAACCAGAAGUACUCCCUUUAUCAGUAUUUCCACAGCAAUUUCUUUGUAUUUCUAUUUUAUAUUUAUCACUUUCUGAAUUAUAUCAAAGCUGCUUGUCUUAUCUCUUUUUUUUUUUUUUUUUUUUUUGAGAUGGAGUCUCGCUCUGUCGUCCAGGCUGGAGUGCAGUGGCACAAUCUCGGCUCACCGCAGGGUCUGCCUCCCGGGUUCACGCCAUUCUCCUGCCUCAGCCUCCCGAGUAGCUGGGACUACAGGCGCCCGCCACUACGCCCGGCUAAUUUUUUGUAUUUUUAGUAGAGACGGGGUUUCACCAUGUUAGGCAAGAUGGUCUCGAUCUCCUGACCUCAUAAUCCACCUGCCUGGCCUCCCAAAGUGCUGGGAUUACAGGCGUGAGCCACCGCGCCCAGCCUUCAUCUCUUUUACUAGGUUGUAAACUCCCUAUAUUAGUUUUCUAUUGUUUUUGUAACAGAUUAUCACAAAUUUAGUGACUUAAAGUAACAUAAAUUAAUUAUUUUGCAGUUCUGGAGGUCAGAAUUCCUUAGCAUUCUUUCUGGAGGCUGUUGGGGAGAACUCACUGCCUUGCCUUUUCCAGCUUCUAGAGGCCACCUGCCUUCUUUGGCUCAUGGCCUCUUCCUCCGUCUUCAAAGCCAGCAACGUGACAUUUCAGAUCUCCCUCUCUCUUUCUGUCUCACCGCAUCUUCACUACCCUCUUCCUCUCAUUCUGGCCCUUCUGCAUGUCUUUUAUAAAGACCUUUGUGAUUUCACUGGGCCCACUCAUAUAAGCCAGGAAAAUCUCUGUGUCUCAGAUCCUUAAUUUAAUUACACCUGCAAAGUCCGUUUUCUCGUGUAAAGUAACAUAUUCACAGGUUUCUGGAAUUGGGACAUGGACAUCUUUGGGGGACCAUUACUCUGUCUGUCAUACUCCCUGAGUGUGUAAGGGCCAUCUCUUCAGAGCCUAAUGUGUCAUCCUACACAGAGCAGGUGUUUCCUUAUAAAUUAAGUUGAAUUAAAUUACCCCUAUGAAGCCACAUAAUCAAUAAUUCAGCUAUAAUAAACAUUGCCGAAUAAAUUAACAAAGGGAGGAUAAUGACUCCUUAUGAUGAUGGAUAGAAACACUGAAGAAAACAAUUUUCAGAGGAUUUACUGAAUCUUCCUCUCCAAGGAGCUUGUAAUAGAAGGGUAAACCUCUAGUUUCUUGUCCAGCAGAGGAAUAGGCUCAUGUCUUUUGUUUUAUUUUAUUUUCUUGGUGAGUCAGUAUGGUUGGGUUAAUCAUAUUCACAUUAGAUUCCAUGUUGAAGAACAACUAAUCAAAGAAGAAAAUCAUCAGGAAUCAGGGUGAGAUUAACAGACCAAGGUCAGAAACAUGGGUUACAAUUUUCCAAAAAAGCACGAAGUGAGAUUAAAAUCACAGUAAGUCUUAGUCUGAUUGACAGGCUUUAUACAGGCCCUUGGUAAGCAGCUGGGAGAACCCAUGCCCACCACUGCUCUGUGCAGUAUCUGGCUGCUCAGAGCUCUCUGCCCCAUCUGAUCACCACACAUAUGAAAGGGUUGGACUAAACUUCAUAUAACUUUUAUUCCUGUGACCUGUGCUAGAUUGGCAACUCUUGAUUACACAUGUUAAUAAAAGGAAGCAGCAAAAGUCUUUGACAUUUGGUUUACAUAUUGCAAACCAUUCUGAGCCCAAUUUAGCUUAUUUUAGAGAUGUAAUCUGAGAUUAUAUUGGCUGAAUUGGGAAAUUUAGCCUGGAAUCAUGUGAAGUUGCCACUAAUAAUUCACAAAAGAGAUCAUCAAGAAUUGACUCUGUGUUAAACUGUUUUUCACUUAGAAUAUGGACCCCCACCAAUACAUUCAAUGAAGGGUCAUUAAGGAAGCUCUGAUUAACACCAGGCCCAUGCAGUUACUCCGCACAUAUAAUCUGUUGGUAUUAUGUUGAUUUGAACUUGCUUAGCUGACUUAAAGCAGGGUUUCUCAAACUGUAGUAUGCAUCAGAAUGACUUGGAAAGCUGGUUAAAAACGCAGAUUGCUGGGUCCACCCAGCUUCUGAUGCAAUAGGUCUGGGGUUAGAAAUUUUGCUUUCUAAUGAGUUCCCAGGUGAUGCUGAUGCCAAUGAUGUGAAGCCCGCUCUUCACAUCCGUGAAAAUCGCUGCCUUAAGGUGCUCUUAAAUUGUUAUAGAUUGGUAGAUCCUACCUUUCCAUCACUGGUAUGUUUUUUGAGAAAAGGAUCCUUUCUUUUCAUUCUGUUACAUUCAUCCUAUUACAUAGGAUGUUGGUUAGCACAGAGUGGGAGCUCUAGAAAGAUUGUUGACCAAUCAUCUUAUUGACUAGAUCAUCUUUCUAGAGUAUAACUAUUUUGGACACCUCAAAGAUGAAGUCAGAUAAGCCGGCAGUGACCUGAUUAACGUUGUGGUAAGCAGAUGCCACUGUGGCUGGGAAGUACCAAAUCUUCUGUUGAGUGAUUCAGUCUUCCUGACUAGAUUUGCCUUCUAGUGGGUGUAUUAAUAAGCGUUAGUUGAUAUGAAUUAAAUGUUGCAACUUUCUAUGGGUAAUAAGAGGAUACCUUUAUAGUUUCAUGAUGUGGAGACCAAGAUACAUAAGAAAGCAAGAAUGAGUCUCCGGGUGUUCCCUCUGAUCAGCAAACAUGAAUUCAUAAUUUCAUUUACUCUCAUUUUUGUAAUGCACUCUGAGCAAUCCUCCAGGCAGAUCCUAUUUACUAAGCUUCAGGCUUUUGUCCCAUUUUAUAAUGCCCAAACACAUGGAGAAAACAUUUUGUUGUUUUUGAAAACAGGUAUGGGAUUUCUGACAUAAUCAAUUUUAUUGACUUCUUGGGAGUUGUAAUGAUCUGUGACUCACUGCAUAAUAUUGUAGUUUUAUAGGGUGGCACAUCACCCUGUGUAAAACAACUUUAAUGACCUGAGGACUGAUGAGUACAGGAAGUGAGGUUUAUCAUGAGUAGCAUUUAUUAAGCAUCUGCUAGAAGCAAAGCACUGCAUUAGCUACUAAGGUACAAAGUAAGACACAGUUUAGUAAGGAAGACAGGGCAUCUACCCAAGUCAACAGUUCAGUGACAUCUGUUAUUUGAACCACACACCAAUGCAACCGAAGUAAAUGCUGAAAGGGCGAGAAGAAGGAAUAGAUUACUAUGCGUUUUUGAGAGGAUGAAGAAGGCUUCUUGGAGAAGGUUUCUGAAAAGAGAUACGGAAUUAAGAGAAAUAGAAAAGAGCACUGACGAAGCACUCAGGAUGGCUAUUCAAGGAAUUGGGGAUCCACAGCAGCUGUGCACAACCAUCCCUAAUGCCAGAAAAAUGGGGUAAGGGUGAAGGGAACUGGGUCUAGAGCUUUGCAUGUUUUUUUCUGGUUAACCCUUAGAGUCACCCUGAAGGUGUGGAUCCCAUCUUAUAAUAAGGUGAGGACACUGAGUCAGGAAACUAACUUGCUAAAAUCAAGUCCUCCCAGUCCUCCCAUCAGGUCCUUCCAGAUCUGGAGGAGCCAGGAUUUGAACUCACAUUUGUCUGACUUCAAAAUCCAUGCUUUUUCUUGUGUUCCAAAUUGCACAAUGGAGUCACUGCCAGUUCAAGCUCCUAUGAAAAGGGAUGGAUGUGAAAAGUCAUUUGUUGAUUCCACAGAUUUUUAGUAGGUACCAUGUCUCCUGCCUUUUUCACUAUCCUACUCCUCUGCUACAACUUCUCUGCUACAGGCACCCACUGCAGUUACUUGAUAUGAGUUAAAUGAAUCCAUCCAUCCAAACUUCCAUUCAUUGAAUAAAUACUUAGCAAUGGCUUCCUUUGUAUCAGGCACUAUUCUAGGAGCUGGGGCUACAGUGCAGAUGGAAACCAGCAAAGCUCACUGCCCUCAUGGAGCUUAUAUGUGAGUGAAUAAAUCUCAGGGUGGUUCUCCUGUCAUAGGUCCUGGCUCCUCUGCCAGCUCUCCCAAAUGGGUUCAGAGAGGUUUUCUCCUUGUCCUGUUGUGUAACUGAUAAUCCCAUGGUGGACCUCACUUUGCUAUUCAUAUGCACUAAGUAGUUUAUGGUGUGCUUUGUGGCUGGCAAUUGUGACAGAUUCUAUUCUUCUAUUGGUAUGUGGUUUCUUUGGGGCAUUUGUUUGGAUACUGAUGGCAUCUUCCGGGGGUCUGGGGCACCUACACAAACCUCAGGUCACUAUCACGUGAUACUGGAGUUGCCUGUUAAAUUAUAUUUCUUCUUCCACAAAACUGCAGGUUCCCUGAGGGAAAGGUCUAUGUCCUGCUCAUUUUUGGAUCCCUAAUGGCUGGCACAGUACCUGGUGCAUAAUAUGGUUCAACAAAUAUUUGUAAAAUGAAUGAAUCAAAUAGUCCUUCAAAGCAUCUUCAGAAUCAAGAUUGUCAUCUAGAUUGCACCCGAAGUUUAUCUUUCUAGUAUUCAGAAUAUAAUCAAUCAUUGCUUAAAUUAUUCCAUUUCAUCAUUCUUGAAUAAAAGCUACUAAUUUUAAAUACUAAUAUCUGAGAUAUCUUUGAAAAGAAGAUUAGUCGUUGUAUGUGUUGCUUAUAAAUUUUCUCUAUGGUGGAAAAUAUUCCCAAACCAUGUCUAAGCAAUGAAAAACCAGUGUUCUGGCAGGAAAUAAACUGAUGUUUUUUGUGUUUUG